AUGCCUCUUGUCGUACAGAAUCUGCAACCGAGAGUGAUCCUCGGGACGAUGACCUUUGGACCAGACGAGUCCAAAGGUGCCCGGAUCACCUCGCUGGAUGAGUACAACAAAUGCCUUGAUUACUUCCAGCAACAGGGCUUCAAUGAAAUCGAUACUGCCCGUGUCUACGUGGGAGGACAGCAGGAGGCGUUCACAGCAAAGGCGAACUGGAAAUCGCGUGGCCUUACCCUUGCCACAAAAUGGUACCCUCAACAACCCGGCGACCACAAGGCCGAUAUUGUCCGCGAAAAGUUGGAGCUCUCCCUGAAGGAGCUUCAGACCAACACGGUCGAUAUCUUCUAUCUCCAUGCACCAGACCGUGCCACUCCUUUCGCUGAAACCCUUGAGGCUGUUAAUCAACUACACAAGGAGGGCAAGUUUGUGCAGCUUGGUCUCAGCAAUUAUACGGCCUUUGAAGUAGCGGAGAUCUGUAUUCUCUGCGCAGAGAGAGGGUGGGUUCGUCCUACGAUCUACCAGGCUAUGUAUAAUGCUAUUACACGCAAUAUUGAGACUGAACUUAUCCCUGCCUGCCACCGGUAUGGUCUCGACAUCGUCAUCUAUAACCCACUUGCAGGUGGUCUGUUCUCUGGAAAGUACAAGUCGCAAGAUAUCCCAGCAGAGGGCAGAUAUAGUGACGCAGGCUCCACGGGACCCAACUACCGAAAGCGCUACUUUAGAGAUGCCACCUUUGAAGCUCUAAGUAUCGUUGAGCCAGUCGCCCAGAAACACGGCCUCACUUUGCUUGAAACCGCUCUUCGCUGGGUCCGUCAUCACUCGGCCUUGAGAAUGGAUAACGGUGGCCGUGAUGGCGUUUUAGUCGGAGUUAGUAACUUCGGUCAACUUGAGACCAACCUUGCCGAUCUCCAGAAGGGCCCUCUUCCGGAAGAAGUUGUACAGGCUCUCGAUCAGGCUUGGUUGGUUGCCAAGUCAAAUUCCCCGAACUAUUGGCAUCUGGAUCUGAAGUAUACCUAUGAUACCCAGAAGGCCGUGUUCGGACCGAAGGCCCAAUUAGCAUAUAUCCCCACCAUCGACGUUGUGGCUUCCGACACCUUUGAGCUUCCAGUGCUUUCACAACCGCGGGUGACAUCGACCCCGGACGCUGUCCGCAACUCCCAAGACUCGGACGACGAGAUGGCUGCCAGUCGCCCCUCAUUUCACCGACCAACGGAUGGCCGCUCGCAACAACCCCUCCUCAAAGAUGACAACCAUCGCCGGCCCCGAUCUAGCUUUGGGAACGGUGACACAGAAGCUCGGCCCAUGCUGCACCAUACUAGACGGCCGACGAUCCGGAGUAAAAGCCCGGAACAUGAUGCCGCCCUGGCAACCCGCAAGAAGUACAUGAUUGCAUCUGGAUUCCUCCUUCUCAGUCUGGCCAGCUUUGUGGUCCAAACCGAGACUGCUUCAUAUAUUCAAAAUGAUUUGGGAUGGAAGAAGCCAUAUUGCAUGCUCUAUAUUACCCACGGCUCAUGGUCUUUGCUCUGGCUAGUCCAGCUCGGUAUUCUUCGGUUACAGAAACGGAAGCUUUCGUGGGACGCUUUCUGGCGUCGUCAUGUCUCUCUCAUUCGCACCACCGCGCAAAUGGUAGCAUCUCAGGAAGUACACCUUAGCACCCGCUCGGCCAAUCGCUCUCCCAUCCGCUAUAUGGUGAAAACGACCGCUUUUGUGACCUCUGCGCUCACCAUCGCGGGAGGAUCAUGGUACGUAGCUGUCAACAUGACCACGGCCAGUGAUCUGACAGCAAUCUACAACUGUUCGGCAUUUUUCGCUUAUGCUUUUUCGAUUCCUCUCUUGAACGAGAAAUUGCGGUUCGACAAAGUGUUCUCCGUGGCGGUGGCCACUAUCGGUGUGAUGGUGGUUGCUUAUGGAGACCGGCCAGAGAAAAAGGUCUCGAAGGGAGGAACCACGUCAGAUGAUGGCGCACAGAACAGGCUGCUUGGAAAUAUUGUGCUCUACAAGCGUUUUGCCUGCCCUCCCGAGGGUACCAGCCCUGGUCGGGGAACGAUAUUUGCCAAUACCUUUGGCAGUCUGAUCGGAAGCUUCACCUUGUUGGUGCUAUGGAUCCCGAUACCAUUAUUGCAUUGGUUGGGAUGGGAGACGUUCGAAUGGCCGACAGGCGAGGCAGCAUGGAUGCUAAUCAUCUCUGUUGCAGCCAAUGCCACAUUCUCCGGCUCUUUCCUUGUCCUCAUUUCCCUUACAUCCCCCGUUCUUUCAUCGGUGGCCGCCCUUCUUACCAUUUUCCUCGUCGCCUUGGUGGACUGGUUCCGGACCGGCGAUCCACUUUCUAUGGCAUCUAUCAUCGGAGGCAUUCUGAUUAUGAUCGCGUUUUUCAUGUUGAGCUUUAGCACGUACAGAGAGCUGAACGAGGAGCGAAAGAAACAUCUAGAGAGCGCUGAUGUCGAGUCUGACAGUGAUGAAUAG